AAUAAUUUUGUUUGAUUGGUUGGCCUCUAUCAAACAGAAGCCGGUGAAUUUCUUAAUUAACAAAACUAAAAGAUAAGUAAUAGUUAAUACACUAACAUGGGGUGUGGGACUAACAUGGGAAACAACUAGGGCAUAUGCAUAGUAAAUGUAUUUUUCCUUGUUGUCAACCAUCAGUUUUAUUGAUGGCUUGAAAUUAAUUAAGUAACCAGUUGAUCUUUAAACCUCAAUUAUGAGGCAAGUCGACGUCCAACAUGAUUAACAGAACCCUCACGUGCACUAAGGAACUCAACGCUUUCUCUUUCCCUACAAACUCUGCUUCAUUACAGAGAAACUAGAGAGAGAGGACUCAACGGUUUUUGGUUUUGCUAGUUUCUGGUUCCUUGUUUUAAAUCUUUUCUGUAAUGGUGAAUCUCAAAGAUCAUGACAUGGGAGAAGGGAUGCAAUGCUUAACACAUCCUUACACAAAGAACCUUGGUGGGAUAUGUGCAUUGUGUCUCCAAGACAAACUUGGUAAGCUCGUCACUUCCUCUUUCCCUCUCUCUAAACCUAACCACCCUUCUUCUUCCUCCUCUUCGUCUUCUUCGGCUAAUCUUAUCUACAAGAGAAGCAAAUCAAUGGCCGCUUCUUACGGUGAGAGUUUCAGCCAGAGGAAACGAAGUGGGUUCUGGUCCUUUCUUCAUCUAUACUCUUCCAAACACCAAACCACCACCAAAAAAGUCCACCAUUCUUCGAGACCAAGAAACCAGAUCGAUAACGAGAAGCACCAGACAACAGAGACAACAUCGGAUCAGGUCAUUGGUGGAGGCAUUGAUGUGAUAGUUGAGGAAAAAGAUGAGAGCCUUAGUAACAAAGUUGUUGUAGAAACGCCAACAAACAUUUUUGGUAGUGGUGGUGGAGGAUCAUCUUUUGGGAGGAAGGUGUUGAGAUCAAGAUCUGUCGGGUGUGGAAACAGAAGCUUCUCAAGUGGGUUAGGAGAUUGUGCCUUGAGAAGGAUUGAGUCUCAGAGAGAACACACAAAGGUCACUAGUAAUGGUGGUGAUAAAGCUGAUGAAGCGAUGAGUGAAAUGGUGAAAUGUGGUGGUAUCUUUGGAGGGUUUAUGAUCAUGACACCAUCAUCAUCAACAGUUAAUCAUCAUCAUCAACAUAAGAUGGCGAAUAGAAGCGCAUGGGGAUGGGCAAGUCCAAUGAGAGCCAAGACUACUCAUAAAGCUGGUCACAAAAACACAGCUCCAAACUUGGACUCAAUUCCUUCGUUGGUUACUAUGAAAAGCUAAAAGAGAUACAUUAUAAGUACUUCUAAUCUCUGGAUUAUAUUUCAUUCAUGUGUUUAUUAGUUAGCCUGUUCUUUAAUCAUUGGUUUGAUCUUUUGAGUACAACUAUUUAUGUAAUGUUACCCUAUUUAUCCUUUUUCAUUUCUAUGUUUAGCCUAUUGGCGAAUGUUGUUGAUCAUCAUCAUCGAUUCAUCAUAAAAGCUUGAAACCUUUAGGAGAAUGAGCUUAUGAUACUUGCUGCUUUGUCUUAUAUUGUUUUUAUGAUUAUUUUCUUAUUAAUGGCUUAUUAUUAUUUAUCAAAACUAUUUCUCUUGUGGUGCCACUUAAACCAGAUGUGCUGUUACUUAUAGUAGUAGUACUAUUAUACAUACUAACAAAUUCCACUUGAAAAAAGCAGUCAACAGAACUUAGGGUUUUAAGUAUUAAAUGAGUGGAAUCCGAAUGCACAUGCCUUUGCACAUGCAACAACAAGAAGUCAACAUCUCAAAACUAUUAUCAUCAUUAUCAUCAAGAUCAAUUUGGUUAGAUCACCUACCAGCUAAUCUGUAGGUAACACCACAAUAAAUGCAAGCCAACAUAUUGAGUUUGCUGUCCGACCAAAACCACAAGUUUGUAACAGAGGGGGGAAACACUGGAAUGUCUACUCGAUCAAGACAUCACAUAACUAUUAGGAAUAUAAACAAAAAAAAUCAUGUUAUGAUAGACCCUCUAUGAUUACAUUAACACAUUCACAUUCAUAAUUAAUGUGUUUUUUUUUUCAGACAUAACAGCAGUGUUAUGAUAAUAUUAAUAAAUUCAGAUGAUAUAAUAUGUGGAAGAGAUGGUUGAGACAAGGAUAUCAAGAGGGGUCCCUGAGAAGAAAAUAAAGACUGUCAAUUCUGCAAAGAGACAGAAGAGAGAAAAAGGCUGCCUUCUGAUUUAACCCUAUACACAUAUAUAUCUUACGUGAUCAUCUGAAUGCGAUCAAUUUUCCGUUGUGAAAUAUUUACCGAGCAUCUUUUACGUCAAAAUGUAGUAGGGACCCAUUUCAUUUCACAAUGUAACUGUUAUCUUAGAGUUGUUUUUUCUUUUGUUACUAGAAAGUAAAAAUGUUAGGCGUGGACUUAGUAUCAGCGAACGCAGUGUAGUAGUGUGUAGAAAUGAUUCUUUC